UCGAGGCAAAGCAAACUGAGACUUUCCGAUGAUGAAGACCCUAGUAGUAGUCCUCAGCCUCAGCUUAACCAUCCUUUCCUUCGGAGGUGCACAUGCAGCGACAAUGUCUUUCAAAAACAAUUGCCCCUACACGGUCUGGCCAGCAACCCUAACCGGCGAUGGAAAACCUCAACUAUCAACCACAGGGUUCGAGUUAGCAUCCCAAGCUAGCUUCCAGCUAGACACUCCGGUGCCAUGGACCGGCCGUUUCUGGGCCCGAACUGGAUGCUCCACGGACGCCUCUGGAAAGUUCGUCUGCGCCACCGCAGACUGUGCCUCUGGUCAGGUCACGUGCAAUGGUAACGGUGCCAUUCCGCCGGCAACUUUAGCGGAAUUCAGUAUUCCAGCCGGCGGAGGACAAGAUUUCUACGACCUUAGUCUUGUUGAUGGCUUCAACUUGCCCAUUUCUGUGACUCCACAAGGCGGUACCGGCGACUGCAAGACGACUAGUUGCCCGGCGAACGUGAACACAGUUUGUCCGAGUGAGCUGCAAAAGAAAGGCUCCGAUGGGAGCCUGGUUGGCUGCUUGAGCGCAUGUUUUGCAUUCAAUCAGUCACAGUACUGUUGCACUCCGCCUCAAGAAACUCCAGAGAAAUGCCCACCGACAAAAUACUCUGAGAUAUUCCGUGAACAAUGCCCCGACGCUUACAGCUAUGUUUAUGAUGACAAAAGUGGUACAUUUACAUGCAAUGGUGGACCUAACUACGUCAUUACUUUCUGCCCUUCAGGUCCCUGUUGUGGUGACAUUUACAUACAUAUAGGGACUAUCGACAUGUAAUUGAUAAUGGGCCGAUAAUUAGUCUGGCUAUGUAUCAAGCAUUUGAAGGAGCCAAGCCAUGCUCUUUGAGGGUGUCUCUAUGGUGCUCAUCGUGUACUACGAACAAACAAUGAAUAUUUGAAGGCACCCAAUGAAUAUUUUGAAUAAAUCCCCCUCCCCCAAA